ACUGGGGUAUCGACGCGCGCAGAGCUGGGCUCGCGUUUCUCCGCUGCCGCCGGCCUCGGUGACGAGGAAGCGGAACUGCGUCCAGCUGCCAGGCAUCUGUAGGCGGCCCGGUGCAGGGUCGAGAUCCAGGGGUGAGGGGUAGGGGCUGCUGCUCCGGCCGGGGGGCCUGAGGGCCCUCGGAGAACGGCCUGCUGUGCCUGCCGGGGGCAGAGGCCGUGGCUGGGGGAGUCUAGGGAGCAGGCUUCGCCUCUCCGGCCGAGCACGGACUGCUGCAGAAACAACGGUUGUGCGGGCACAGCUGGAACCGAAGGAUAUUGGCGUGCUGAGGCAGCUCCACGAGCUGGCGGAUUAGGGGUGCAACUUGGGGGACCUGGGGCUGCCGGAGCCAGAAGAUCAACCGGAGAACCUGGGGCGCAAAGGUUGCAGUGGGGUAUUGAUGCAUCAGCAGGUCGGAUCACCUCGGCUCCAUGGUGAGGAGAAAGAAGAGCCCCCCUGGGCCAGAGGAACAGCACAAUGGGAUGACAGUGAAGCUGGGAGACAGCAGCGGGGAGGAAGGGGUGAAAAAGCUAGGCAAGCGAGCUGGAGGAGAUGAGGAGUCCCUGGAAGAAGGGGCAGGAAGAGGAGAGGCAGCUCCAGGCAGGAGCAGCACAAAGAAAGAAGAGAAGAUUAUUAACAACAACACUAAUAACCCCUCAUCCAGCCCCAAUAUCCCCCAAGCCCCAUCUUCUCUCCAGCCCUCCCACAGCCAGGACCAACAUCAUUUUCUCAGGUCCAGUGUCAGACCUCAGAGCAAGAGGUUAAGGAAGGAUUCUCAGGCAUCCUGCUCAGUUGGCAAUAGCAGCAGCACUACUGCAAAAGGAAAAGGGACAGAUAAUGGAGGGACCUCAUCUGGUAGCACAUCAGGAAUUCCUCCCAGCGCUCCUGCUGGGAGUUCUAAGACUGCCGCAAGGAACCUGGGGACCUCAAGUGGAGAGAAGGAGGAAGGAAAGAAAGUCAGACGUCAGUGGGAAUCAUGGAGCACAGAGGAUAAGAAUACCUUCUUCGAGGGACUUUAUGAGCACGGGAAGGACUUUGAAGCUAUUCAGAACAACAUUGCUCUAAAGUACAAGAAGAAAGGCAAACCAGCAAGCAUGGUGAAGAACAAAGAGCAGGUCCGGCACUUCUACUACCGCACCUGGCACAAGAUCUCUAAAUAUAUUGAUUUUGAUAAUGUGUUUUCUCAAGGGCUGAAAAAAUCCUCCUUGGAGCUUUAUGGCUUAGUCUGUUAUGGGGAACUAAGGAAGAAGAUUGGGGGCUGUAUGGAUGAUAAAAAUGCAACAAAACUUAAUGAGCUCAUUCAAAUUGGGGCCACGACUGUUCGCUACAAAGGGAGAAACCUUCGGAUCAAAGCUCCAAUGUGCAGGGCACUGAAGAAACUUUGUGACCCAGAUGGCAUUAGUGAUGAGGAGGAUCAGAAGCCAGUACGUCUUCCUCUGAGGGUCCCUGUGGAGUUACAGCCACGAAAUAAUCAUGCAUGGGCUCGGGUGCAGAACCUUGCCCAGAACCCACGGCUCAGAAUGAUAGUGGAGUUACAUCGGAAGGUCUCCAGCCUCAUUGAGUUCCUGAAACAGAAGUGGGCUCUCCAGGAAAUGCGCAUUCGUCAAACACUAGAGGAACGGCAGCUUCAAGACUCCAGAGAUUCAGAAGCAAGAGGCAACCUCUCAGAGGAGAAAGUGAUGCUUCAUCUCUUCCCAGGAGAGAACUGUACUCUCACCCCUCUCCCUGAGGUGGCCAGAGUAGUCCACUCCAAGGCUUUCUGCACAGUGCAUUGGCAGGAAACUGGCAAAUGCAAACAGAACACAAAGGACUCUCACUUAUUGCCUCCUGCCCAAAUCUUGGGAAUACAGAGUGGUCAGGGGACAGCCAGAGGGCAGCUGAAGUACCCUCGGGGAUCAGAGGGUAAGAGUGGCGGAAGGACAGAGAGCACUAUAGAGCCAGGCAGAACCUCUCAGCCCAUAGCGGAAGUCUCUGCAAGCCCUGGAGAUGUCUCCCCAGAGAGUGGCCUGACAGAAGGACCCCCUGAUCUCAGCAUCACACAAACUCUCGAAAAAUCACCUUCUGGACUUCAGGAUCCUGGAGGGAGUCUGGAGAAGCCAAUCCUCGUGGCUUUCUGCACUGAGGGCGAGGAGGCCCUGGCCAGUGACCAAGCAACCAAGCUGCCAUCAUGCAACACAGCUUGUGUUUGCAGCAAGAUCCCUGACCUGGAGGAACUCUCUCUGCUCGAUCCAUUCCCUCGGUAUAUGAAGUCCUGUCAUGAUUUGAUUGUCCCAGAGAAAUGUUUUUGCACAGACAAACUGCAAGGGAAAGAUCCUGGUCCCUCAGCUGGGAAUCUCUCUCCUGUGGCUCUUCCAGCUGAGAGUACAGAGGCAGCUGAUCCCUGUUCUGCACAGAUGGCAAGAGUUGGGAUAGCAUCGCCUGGCAGUGGCCUAUCCAGAUCUGAAACUCAAGCUAGCCACAGCCAGGGACCACAGCCUGAUGCUUUUACUAAGGGUUUGCAAGAUGCAGUAGUGGAGGAGACUCAAGAGAAGCUGAGCUCUUCAUUUCUGCAUUCAACUCAGGGACAACCUUCUGCAAAGCCUCUCAAGGAUGACCCCAGCCGACUUGCUCAACAGAUCAGAGAGGAGGGAUGGAGUCUACGAAACUCUGAGAGCCUUACAUUGGCUGAGGUUUACCUCAUGAUGGGCAAGCCAAACAAGCUGCAGCUGGAAUAUGACUGGCUAGCUGUGUUAGGGCCAGAAACCCAGGAUUCCAGGGAGGAAACAUCCGAACCCAGUGCUGUCCCCACAUCUUCCAUCUUUCACAAGCAAAGACUCCUCAACUGCCUCUUAAAACUCAUCUCCACCGAAGUCAACCCCAAACCAACCCCUGAGAUGAACUCUGUUGCCACAUCCCCUAUAAAACCUACUCAAGAAGAGCAAUCUCUGACUCCUCCUGGGAAGGUGAUUGCCAUCAGCACCAGGAGUCCAGGCUGUGCACGAAACCAAUCUGCUCUUCGUAACAAGACCUUUUCUCCCAGUGUUAGUUCCAGCUCCUCAGGUUUGAGGAACCCCCCUAGACCUCUCUUGGCAGCUGAUCCCUCAAGUUCUGGAGGAGCUGAUGCAGACGGUGGCCUCUUUGCAGUUCCCACGACUCUGCCACCCAAUAGCCGACAUGGAAAGCUGUUCUUGCCUAGCAAGGAAGCAGAACUGACCUUCCGACAGCACUUGGACACGAUUAGUAUGCAGUCAGACUACUUCUUGCCAAAACCAAGGAGAUUGCGGAACAGGCACCUGCGGAAGCCAUUGGUGGUACAGAGAACACUGCUCCCUAGGCCAUCGGGAAAUCCGUCCCAGCAUGUCUGCUCCUUCUCCAUUUUAUCCAACUCUUCCAUAACAGGGAGAGGUUCAUUUCGGCCAAUCCAGUCUUCACUGACUAAAGCUGCAGUUUCUCGACCCAUUGUGCCCAAGGUUCUUCCAACACAAGCUACCAAUCACCUGUCCAGUGCUAUAGACUUGGCAGCUAAAAGUGCUGGUAUUAUCCCUGGCAGCCCCUUGCCUGUCCUGGAUUCUGAGGGCUUGUCAGGUGUGUCUCCGCUGUCACCAGACAGUGUGACUGCAGUGGUCACGGGGCAGGAGUUGGCCAAGGCAGAUCAGAACGGAGGCUCCAUCGGCACAGUAGGGGGUUCAAACAGUAGGUGUCGGGUUCCUUUCAUUAACCUACCCACGCAGCAAGAGCAGGAGACAGUCCCUGGUGGAUUCCAGGACACAUCAGUCCUUUCUCUGUCAGAACUGUCCAAGACCCCUCUCCAGAAUGGUCUCUCCACUCCUCCGCUUCCUCCAUCACAAACCUCCAGUACCCAUCUGUGUCCUCCCAAUGUCUCUGCUCUGCUGGAUAUCUCUCUUCCUGGACCACCUGAAGAUGUGCUUUCUCAGGGAGAACCUGCCACUCAAAUAAGCGACUCUAUCAUCGAAAUUGCUAUCAGCUCUGGUCAAUACAAUGAAGGUGUUUCCCUCUCCCCUGCAAAACUGAAUGGCAGUGACAGCUCCAAAAGUCUUCCAUCCCCCUCCAGCAGUCCUCCAGAAUGGAUUGCUUCUCCGAGCCAUGAUCCACAGUGGUACCCCAACGACUCUACUGAUUCAUCUCUCAGCAGCCUAUUUUCAAGUUUCAUCUCUCCCGAGAAGGGCCGGAAAAUGUUGCCGACUCCUGUUGGAACUGCCAGUGGCACCUCCUUAUUGGGACCCAGCCUGCUGGAUGGAAACUCACGGGACUCUUUUGUGUCUCGAUCUCUGGCAGAUGUAGCAGAGGUGGUGGAUUCCCAACUGGCUUGCAUGAUGAAUGAGAACAGCAUCGAUUACAUAUCUCGUUUCAAUGAUCUGGCCCAGGAACUGUCAAUACCUGAGCCAACCCGUAGGGAAAUCCUCUUUGAUGGAGGAGGAGGCGGCCCCCCCAUUGGAGACCUCUCACAGUGAGCAUAAGAGAUGAGUACGCUGGUGGAGACUGUUCAGCUUAGUAGAAUUUAUUGUACUGGAUCUGAGAGGCAAGUUGAGGAUAUGCAAUUGAUGUCCAAAUGCCGUCGACCAGUGCACGCCUUUCUAGAAGAGCAGCAUUGUCUUUAGAGGUCUGAAGAAGUAUCUGCAAGUCCUAGAAUGUGCAAUACGCUGGGGAAAAUGUAACAUGAAACAUUACAGGGAGUGAUGUGUCUGCAUCAGUGAUAUAAGAUGGUGAAUAAAGGAGUUUGAGGUGGUCCUGGAUUUGUACUUUUGGCGUGGCCUAGGCAAGAAGCUUGGACAAGAGUAUGGCUAGAAACUUCUUCAACUUGAAUCUUUUUCUGCAUGGUGAUCGACAUACCAUGAUUUGGGAUCCACAUUGAAAUUGAGGGGUGGGGGGACAGGGAAAUCCCUUUUUCUACUCACAUCUUGAAACGUACUGUUUGGCACAAUUGUCGAAUCAGUCAAACUGAAGUUUCUUGCACUCUCCUGAAAGGCACCAUUACUCUGUGAUGCUUGUGCUGCAACUUAAAAAACAUUCUGUUUCUUUGGCUACGCCUUGUUUGUUGAAUAUUCCAGUGGGGCAGAUGCCUGCAUUCUUUUGUCGAGCAUGUAGUCUCCCCUAAAUAUUGGGGGGAUCUCUGCAGAUUUUUCUUGUUUUUUUUUUUUAAAUCCUACCCUACAUCACAGCCACCAUCCUUCUGACUGAAUCUGUUUGAUCCUUUUAGCAAGCUGACACAGGAUUCUUUGUCGCAUUGGACAAUGCAGUGGGUCACCCCCUCCAGUGGGGUCUGUUUUCCCUGGAAGAUGGUUACUUUCCAGGAGAGGAAGCACUGCAGAAAGGGGUCUUCCUGGAAUCACCCUUAAAGCUUUGUCUUCAUAGGUUUUUGUUUUUGUAAAGAAACCUGUAUAUCACCAUCUUUCUCCACAUAAACGCCAGAUCCAGCAUCUCAUUGGGGAUUCUUAUCGGAGAGGAGAUAGGAAAGAAUAAUGUUCAUAUAAAGAUAUAAAUAAUAUUUUUUAACUAAGUUAGAUUUCAACAAUCUUAUAUCUUUCAAAUGAGGAGGCGAAGUGUCAAUCUCAUCUUAAUCUGACCUCUCCACCCUGUCGUGGCCUACCUGGAUGCUCUGUGGUCCCUCAGAGCAUCAUUUUUCACUGUAGUCCCUCCCUGGCACUAAUGGGUCCAGAAGUUCCCAGCUGUUAUGCAUUUCUGUGAUAUAGUGUUUUAAUGCCUGAAAGACCCAAGUCCUGAUAUCAGCAGGUCCAAAGGAGUUCUAGUAACGUUACUUUACAAAUGAUUUUCCUUUUGCUUCUAACAGCUCAGGAUACAUCCUAUUUCUUUUCCCAUCACUCUUGAAAAGAAUACUUUUACUGUGCCUGUUUUUAAAGCAUUUAUCUGCAGCCUCCAGUAAAAGGAUUCCCCUUGACUAUUUGAGGUAGCUCUGAAGCUCUCCAAGGAGCUCUUCCUGUAUAAACCUCAAACUUUUAUAUACAUAGCUGUUCGCUAAUUAAUCAAACAUAAACCCCUCUAUCCUUAAGGCCAAUACCAGGGCUUCAUUUUCUCAACUUGCGCUAUGCUCGGGAUGUAGUUCUACCUACUCCUACAAAGCAUUUGACUGGGAGUCUUAUUAAAAUGUUGACCACAAAGCACUGAUUGGGCAUACGAUGUUCCCUGUCACUUUACCUCCACCUAGUUAGACAUUUUUGAUAUUGGUUGACAUAGCCUUUGCAUUGUGCUUCUCUAGCUUUGAGAGAAUGUAACCAGUUUUCUGAUGUUCAUACUCUGACCCAGAACAGGUUUAUUUACCUCCUUCUCUAAUGGGCGGAAAGACUUGGAGGCCACUCCUUUGAUUCAUGCUGUAGGAUGCCUUGUGACUGGUUGCUUCGUUCUUCUCUUGUAUGUUGGAACCACCUGCCCAGUUAGACACAGCAUUCAUACAAUUGGGUAUUUCCAGCAGGGACUCAGACCUGCCUCACUAGCAAGCAGUGGGUCAGCACAUUAAGGGGGGUGCAGAUUUCAUACUAAUAAGCUAACUCCCUGCUUUGGCUAUAGGUCACCUGGGUUCUUUCCUCUCAGAACAUGCGGUCUAAAAUCCUAUCACAGUUUGCAGGGUCUCACACAGUCCUAGAACACAAACACAUUUAAGGUUGCCAGCCAGAUCUACACUUAGUCAUGUAUAUUUGUUUCUGAAGGGUUCAGACUUGGUAGAAACCAGGAUUUCCAUUAAUCCCAAGAAUCCCACUGUCUGAAUCUUUCCAGUGAUUGUUGUAGUUCAGAUGUCUUUCAGUCCAGUCUUUUUCUCAAAGCACUAGUUCCAGGUUUUGGCUACCCACAUUUAGUAAUGCUGUCUACAUUCUCCAGAAAUACUUCUGCUAACUAACAGAGGCUUCCAAGCAUAGAUGUGCCUGUGGAUUAUUGAAACAUGACAUUUAGCACAUGUAGAAGGAGAAGUGACAAGUUCUAGUCAAGUGCAACAAAUCUGAACCUUCAGUUGGUUUUUAGGUCUUACAUUUUGAGAAAUUAGUCUUAUGCUGGCAAGUACAUUUAGUUACUUCAACCUUCCCCUGUCCUCCCCAAAAGAGAUAUUGAUAAUAGGAUGGAUGUCACAUUGCUCUUGUGAGGCAUUCUUCCCCGCAAGGGGUCUAGAUUAUGCCAGCUCUGUUGCAAGUGAAGGGUAUGACAUUUCACCAGGAUCUGCUUAUGAGUCUAUCGCCAGAAUGUAGGGAGCUGUCUACAGCCCAUAUGCCUUGCCACAGGAAAAAAAUUGUUACAGGAUGAAUCUCUAUGUAGUGGAUAUUUGUAAUGGCCCAUGGGGCCAGCAGAUUUUAAUGUCCUGGAAUUCUCAAGGCAGAACAGGAGCACUAGGUGGGGAGGCAAAUAUGAAGAAUAGGGCAGAACCAACUUUCAGCACCCAGAAAUUCUAUGAUAAAAAUGUGCUUAGCAUCUGCUUUUUUAAAAAAAAAAUCUUCUUAUAAACACAUAUUUGAACAUUCUCUCCUCUCCCCAUGGUCUCCAUGGCCUCCUCCUUUUCUCCCCUCCUUCCUGAUAUUUGCAGUGCAUAGAGAAUACUCCCACCUGCUAUAUCUGGUCUCUGAUUCAGAAAUGUUAUGAUACUCUGCACAUUGUUUUGCUUGGCUUUUGCUGUUACAAUGCAAAGUUUCUUGUCAUCAGGGAAAAUUUUAAAACAAAAUUUUAAAUUCAGAUCAAUAGAGAACUUAGUUUUCGUGAAGUUUCUUGUAGACACACCUUGGGAGGUACCUUUCUCUAAGAAUUGGUGGAUCUCUAGCAGAUGCCCCAUCGUAUGCUGGACUUCGACAGAUUGUACCUAGGGCUGCCGUGGGGAAAGCUAACAUCUUGUUUAAAAUAGAAAAAUAAAAGUUUAUGCUAUUUCAGCUCCUCCAACAUGACUAAGUAACCAGAACAACUCUGGUAACCAUUUCAGCUUUUUCUGAACAGAUGUUCAAGUAUGUUGCUAGUCAACUGCAGGCAGGAUUGUUUCAGGGGAGUAAUGCUUACUCUGUUAUUUUCGUAUCUUCAUGAGGCACUUUGAGGAGGCUUGGAGGGGAGAAUAGACAUUGACAUCCUGGCCUCUACUUCUGAUGUAAGUUUCUGUAAAGCUUGUGCUCUGACUUAAAGUUUAGAUUUUUUUUUUCUUUAACCUCAGUUGUUUGACUGGCAAGCCUGUGAGUGUACAUGGAAUGAUGUAACUGGUUUCUUUGUAUUCCCCUAAAGUGGGAUGUUGAAAACAUGAAACUUGUCAUUGUAGUUUGGGUAUAAAACAAUAUUACCUCCUAAAGAAUACAUCUGCCUUUUUCUGCACGUGUGCGCUUAGUGAUGGGCCAGUUACCAGGGUAUCAGAUUCUGCUCAGCCAAACAACUUAUUUUGUCUUUCAUCAGUAAAUCUACCCAGUAUAGGAAUUUUAAUUGGUUUUUAAAAUGGCAUUGUGUAACUUUUCCUUGGCACCCUUCUUAUAUUUCUAAAUUGAAGUAAAUAGCUUGGAUCCAACAUAAUUGACAAAGAAAGCUUGUCUACUGACUACCAAUCCUGCAGUGGAAAUUACUAUUGCAUUUUUUUUACACUCAAAAGACAGAUGCAUUUGUAAGGAAAGUACUGCACUUUUUAAAUCUUUUCAAACCUUUAAAUCUGCUGAGUUAACAGUGAUUUAUAAAUGUUAAAUAAGUGAAACCUUGGCAAGCACUACAGCAAUAAGUUAUCAUUAGUUACUGAAACAUGAUAACUGGCUUUAGAGCUUUUGGUUUGGCAGCAAAAUGUAUUGCUGUUUCUUUUAAUAACAGUUAAGCCAUAUCAUCUACGGUUUUUGGCUUGUUUGAGAUGUGAAUUUGUUUUAUAGAUUAUAAAUAUACAUAUAUAGUGUAUGUAUAAAGCAGAAUGCCUGUCCUUACUGAUUUUUUGUACCAUAUUGUAAAUUAUAUUAUUUAUUCUUUACCAAUUUUGGAAAAAGGUGUUUUGGUUAUUUAAUAUAAUAUACAAAAGCUGUUAAACUUCCUGUUUAAAUUUCCAGUUCAACUUGUAAAGCUGUUUUUAUUGUGCAUAAAUACAUACUAAUACUUGGUCUAA